UAAAGCAGCGCAAUGCAAGUGAAGUGUUGCAGAGUAGCAGCUUCAACACAGUAACAAAGAGAAACAGAAGAAGAAGCUUCUGAGUUAUCCGUCGAUUCCAAUGGCGUCAAAUAGCCAAUCACCGCCUCUCGAGAUAUUAGUUCGAGGACCCGAACAAUUUUCUCUCUGGACUGGACCACCCUUCGCCGACGGUCAACCCGCCGUCAAGCUCGAAAAUGUUAACUGCAUCAGUGCCAAGUUCAGCGACGAUGGAUCCAAGCUCAUGAUCACCAAAUCCAACUCGUUGAUUUCUGUGUACGACUGCAACACUGCUAAAGAGAUUAGGGCUUUUCAAGUUCCCAAUGUCGUUGCCGCUACGUUGUCACCCUGUGGUACUUACUUGCAAACCUUUCAGAAACCUUCGGCGCCGCAGGAGAAGAACGUCACGCUGUGGAAAAUCGACACUGGUGCUGCUGUCUACCAACAGUCGCAAAAGAACAUGACAAAAGGCAAUUGGCCUGCGAUUCAGUUUAGUUCUGAUGAAGCUACUGCGUGUCGGUUGGCAACUAAUGAGGUGCAGUUUUUUGACACUGGGGAUUUUUCUAAAGGAGUUACCAUUCGGUUAAGAGUUCCGGGGGUUGCUGCUGCUGAGCUUUCUAGUUUACCGGGAUCCCAUGUAGCUGCAUUUGUUCCAGAAUCCAAGGGGGUUCCUGCAAGUGUACAGAUAUAUGCUAGCAGAAAUGCGUCUCAAAGUCAACCUGUUGCUCGACGUAGUUUUUUCCGAUGUUCAACCACCCAACUUAAAUGGAAUCAUGGCUCAACUGGGCUUCUAGUGGUGGUGCAGUCAGAUGUUGACAAAACUAAUCAGAGUUACUAUGGAGAAUCAAAAUUAUGCUAUUUGACAACAGAUGGAAUGCAUGAAGGACUUGUGCCUCUCCGGAAAGAUGGGCCUAUUCAUGAUGCUCAGUGGUCAUAUUCUGGCUUGGAAUUUGCUGUUGUGUAUGGAUUCAUGCCUGCUAAAGCAACUUUGUUCGACAAGAAGUGCAAUCCUCUUCUAGAGCUUGGAACUGGUCCUUACAACACUAUUCGUUGGAACCCAAAAGGGAAAUUUUUAUGUUUGGCUGGCUUUGGUAACUUGCCCGGUGAUAUGGUAUUCUGGGAUUACAUAGAUAAAAAGCAACUUGGAACCACUAAGGCUGAAUGGUCUGUGACUAGUGAAUGGUCACCAGAUGGGUGCUAUUUCAUGACAGCUACAACAGCUCCAAGGCUUCAAGUUGACAAUGGGAUCAAGAUUUUUCACUACAAUGGGUCAUUGUACUUCAAGAAGAUGUUUGACAAAUUGUACCAGGUUGAUUGGAAACCAGAGUCACCGAGUAAGUUUGGUGAUAUUGCCGAAUUAAUUAAGUCUCUAAAUUUGGUCCAACUUGAAGAUAAAAAACCAGCAGGUCAAGGACCACCAAAGUCAAACCAGACUUCCGUUAGAGCCUCUUCCGCCAAUCCCCAAGCGCAAAAGCCUGCUGCGUAUCGUCCACCACAUGCUAAGAAUGCAGCUGCUAUUCAGGCACAGUUGUUGGGAGAGACUCCUUCAGAAUCAAUAAGCAAGAAUGCAUUACGAAACAAGAAAAAGAGGGAAAAACAGAAGGAGAAAAAGGCAGCUUCUGAUGCCAGUUCUUCGUAAUGGAAUCAAUGUUCUUCCUGACGCAUUCUGAAUUGCUCUUCUACACUAAUGCACUCGCUCACCUGAAAAUUUGAGGCUUUUAAAGUUUUGGUUUACUAGAUUUAAUUGGAUUACCACUCUGGCAGUGAACUUUGGGAAGUUUUGGUUUGCUCAGAUUUUGAGGCGAUUGAAGUCGUUUCUUAGGUUUGUGCGUUCUUUAGUUUCUAGUUGGGAUAUAAAAGGUGGAAGAAGAUAAAUCUCUUUUUCUCUUCCGAUAAAAACUAUUUAUUGUGAGAGAAGUUAAAUUAUACGUAGGUCACACAUUCUUUUUGUUUCCUGUUGGGACGUAGAAGGUGAAACUUGAAGAUAAAUAUAUUUUUCUGCUGAUAAUGUUGGAAUUUA